CGUGUUGCAGUGUAUUUUUUUUAUAGUCAUAUCUUCUCCUUCUUUAAGACAAAGGGUUAGAGAGAGAAACUAGAGAGAAAUUUUCCCGAUCAACAGUGACGCUCCUCUUGCUUAUUUACGCCUGUGGUGCAGCAUUAGUUUCUAUCAUCAUUUUAUGCCUCAUUUGUUAUGCUAGGUACUGUUUACUCUUAUUAACACUUUCAUUCUUUUUUCUUUUCAUUUAUCUAUUUCUUUUCUUGUAAUUUUUAUGAGAAAAAAUGGAUUUUUAUCAUCUGGGUUGUGUGAUUUAGUGGUUUUUUCAUCUGGGUAUUUGAUUUUGGGUAGAAAUUAACCCAAUUUAAUUGGUUUUUUUUAAAAAUAAAAAUAAAAAUUGGGGAACUUUUUGGUUUAGGUUUAUGUGUGAUAGUGAGCUUCAACUGGUGUUUUGGGGUUUUGUGGGUUGAAAAUUGAAGCUGAUAAAUUGGUUGAAAUUCUGGUUCUAAUCUUGUUUUAAACCAAAAUGGGUGAUACAGAAAGGGGUAAUAUUGAUAUGAUGCAUAGACUUCAAAACCCUUUUGGGGCUUUAUCAAGAUCAAGUAAUCAUCUUGACGUAUCACAGUUAAAUAUAUCCCAAAUCCGGCCCCCUUUACCUCAAAAUUCACAUAGCUUGCAAAAUUUUGGUUCCGAAAAUGGUAAAAGGUCUGGUAUACCACCAUCUCAUCCUCCUAUGCCACCCCUGUCACCCUAUUCACAAAUACCAGUGACUAAACCAGGGUCCCAGCACUCGGGUUCUCAGAAUUUCAGUCGUGGACCGUCCCAUUCGCGAUCAUUGUCACAACCGUCGUUUUUUAUGAAUGAUUCAUUGCCCCCUUUAAGCCCUUCACCUUACCAGAACUCCCUUUCGCCUACAAAUGCUCCUGACAGUACUAAUACCUCCAAUGGUUCAUUGGAGAAUCGUGAUGGAGGUGGGAAUUCGUUGUUGCCACCAUCCCCUUUUGGUCGAGGUAACUCUUUGCAUAUCACUGAGGGUUUUCCUCCUCGGAAAUUGCAUAGGCGUUCGGUCAGUGAUAUCCCCUUUGGGUUCGAUAAUGUAUUCCAAUCAUCUCCUCCACUAUCACCUAUGGUUUCUCCUGGUCCUAGAGGAGGCCAUGGUGGUCUGGAGAGGACUUCGUCCGGUGGAUUAGCCAAGCCGGGUCAGUUAGUUAAGAAGGAGUCAAGUUGGGAUAAAAAGCGUGAUGGUAAUGUAGAAGGUGAAGUUGUUGAUGAUAUCCUUUCUGCGUAUAUGGAUUUAGACAACAUCGAUACUAUGAAUUCUUCUGGGACUGAUGACAAGUAUGGUAAUGAGAAUCGAGAUGAUUUGGAUAGUCGAGCUAGUGGGUCCAAAACAAAUGGAUGUGAGAGCAGUGAUAAUGAAGCUGAAAGCAGUGUGAAUGAGAGUGGAAGUAGUGGACAGAGACCGAUGAUUGGUGAACGCAAAAGGGGUCCAGCAAGUGAGGUGACACCAGCUACUAGACACUACAGAAGCAUUUCCAUGGACAGUUUCAUGGGGAGUAUGAAUUUCGGUGAUGAAUCUCCAAAACUACCUCCUUCCCCAAGCACUGGUGUCGCCCAACUUUCUCUUAAGGAUCCUGCUAAUGGAAAUUCUGAUUCCUUCAGUUUGGAAUUUGGCAAUGGAGAUUUCACUGGGGCAGAACUGAAGAAGAUUAUGGCAAAUGAAAAGUUAGCUGAGAUUGCUAUAACUGACCCUAAACGUGCUAAAAGGAUUUUGGCAAAUCGCCAGUCAGCUGCUCGGUCAAAGGAGCGAAAGAUGAGAUAUAUAUCAGAAUUGGAACACAAAGUUCAGACUUUACAAAAUGAAGCUACAACUUUGUCUGCACAGCUUACAUUGUUGCAGCGAGAUUCUGCUGGACUUUCCAGCCAAAACAACGAGCUGAAGUUCCGUCUACAAGCGAUGGAGCAACAAGCUCAGCUUCGUGAUGCUCUAAAUGAAGCACUAACAGCGGAAAUCCAACGCUUAAGGAUAGCCACAGGAGAGCUGAACGCUGAGUCCAUAUCCAAGUGUUUUGGGCAGCAGCUUUAUGUCAAUCCGCAAAUGUACCAGCAACUUCAGCAGCAACAACAACAACAACAGCAGCAGCAGCAGCAAUCCAGCCAAAACAACCUCAAUAAGUUGCAACAGCCUAAUUCACUGCAGGAGCAGUCAAAAGCAGAAGACUCAAACAAUGGUGGAAGCUCAAAGAGUGAAACAAAUCAGUAAUGGUUCUUAACAUUGAGAUAGGUUUGUUGUGUCCAGUGCCUUGUUAGCUACCCUUUGCCAACAUUGGCUCAGUCAUCGAUCUGUAAUGUGCUCUUUCUGCUUUUAUUUUGUCAAUUCCAUAUCCACAUAGAAAUGGAAACUUGGAAGUAAAUUAGUUGUAGAUUCAUUUUGCAUAGAGUUACGGCAUACAUUCUAUUUACUGUGUUUAGGAACAUGUAUGCAAAAUCAAAGAAUAUGUUUUUAGACAUACACAAUUAUUUGUACAAUAGACUAGUAUUUUUUUUUUUGUUUUUUUUUUUUUAUUUAUUUAUUAUUAUUAUUAUUAUUAUUAUUAUUAUUAUUAUUAUUAUUAUUAUUAUUGUUA